AUGCUGAAUGGCAGCUCGCCGCUCCAUGUGUCCACCGGCUCCCGGGACGCUCGCGAGAGGGAGAGUCUCAACUCGUCCAUCCUCUCCUCCUUCACUCCGCGCAUCCCUGCCGAGUUCGAUUUGCCCCAGUCGGCCGCUCACCCCGCUGGAGAGUCCGCCGCUCUCAUGGACGAUACCCCCCGCGGCUCAGGCGCUUCCAAACCGACCCUGAACGAUCCCCCCCGCGAUCCCAGAGACGAGGCCGGUGCAUUGACCCCGCCUGCGAAUGUCAGCCGACCUGCGAGCCCAUACACCCUCUACCCCCCAAUUGACUUCGAUGGACUGAGCUGGCCUUGCCCCGGCACCAGGGCGCGCUUGGAGUCCACCCCCGAGGAGACCGAGGAGCGCAUCAAGAAGCUCGCGGGCGCCGUACGGACCAUCCUGGAGUGCGUCGGAGAGGACCCGGAGAGAGAGGGCCUGCGCGAGACCCCCGAGCGGUAUGCCAAGGCCAUGCUUUACUUCACCAAGGGAUAUGAGGAGAAUGUUCGGGAUCUCGUCAACGGAGCCGUCUUCCACGAGGACCACGAUGAGCUGGUGAUUGUCAAGGAUAUCGAGGUGUUCUCGCUGUGCGAGCACCACAUGGUCCCCUUCACGGGAAAGAUGCACAUCGGUUACAUCCCCGACCGCCGCGUGCUCGGUCUCUCCAAGCUGGCCCGUCUGGCGGAGAUGUUCUCCCGCCGUCUGCAGGUGCAGGAGCGGUUGACCAAGCAGGUGGCGCUGGCGAUCUCGGAGGUGCUCAAGCCGCGCGGAGUCGGCGUCGUCAUGGAGUCGUCCCAUCUGUGCAUGGUGAUGCGUGGCGUGCAGAAGACCAGCAGCACGACGACGACCAGCUGCAUGCUCGGGUGCAUGCGGUCGAGCGCCAAAACCCGGGAGGAGUUCCUGACCCUCCUGCACCGCAGAUAA